AUGUUUAACAACAGACAAGAUCCACGCCUCGAGGGAUUGGAACUUCAACAAAAAAUAAACGAUCUUAUUAAUUAUUACAUGCCAAUGGAUCUCGAUGCAACUUACGAGCCGAAUAAAGUUACAGCCAUCAAAAAGUUGAACUUCAUUAUAAACAAUUCCAACCGACAAAGUUUGCAAGAAUCCGAAUUCGAUGAUAUCCUGAAGUGUUCUCUAACAUUGGUUUAUUAUUUUGGCAUGAAACUAAAACUGAGUAUGUUGACAACGAAAUAUUGGCACUGGUGCAAGAAAAGAUUGUUUCACAAAGCAGAAUCAGCAUUCCAAAAGACCAUGGAUUGCUUUCAGCCGGAACGCACCGUGCCUACGAUCAAGAUCACCCUAACAUUCUUUUCCAGUGUAGACUUGUGGCCUUUUGAGAACUUUGUAGGUCAGAUAUUGGAAGUGGCCUUUUAUUUUAGUCAAGGAAAUACAAUACUGUUUCACUUAAUGCUUACCGACAUUCACUGUGUUUUGUUUAGCGAUAUAAAGUCGGCCAGACACCGUAUGAGAGUACUUUAUGAGUUGCUCAAAAGUGAUAAUUGGAUUAUAGACAAACAUAAGUUAUUACCAUUCGUAACGAGGCUUUUAGAUUUCUUCGCCCAGAGUAAUACCAAAGAUGACAAAGUUACUCCAUACGGUUAUUUGAGAAAAGGAUUCGAGGUUUGCCUGCGUCGAAUAUUUCAAAGAGUUCAGAAUAAUCAACGCAUGAUGAUAGUAACGACUAUGUUGAACUGGUUAUCUUUAGCCAACAUGAGUGAUGAUGAUAUAUUGGAAUUCUCCACAUUAGUCGAUCAUGUUGCAGCUCUGUAUGAAGUGCAUAACUACAGUGAGAGUUUCCAAGCUGAUUUGAUUGAACAUAUACUUUGUAACUUGGUUGGAUCUUGGAGAGAGCAACUUCACGAGAAUAUACUUAUUGCGAUCAAGCAUCAUUGCAGGAAUUCUAUUAAUUUGAAGUCUAUUUUUUCUUUGAUAUGUUGCAUCGCACUAGAAGUGCCAUGUAAUUUGUCAGCGGCUAUGGUCGCCUGUAUAGCGAUGUCGAUACAAGAUUUCGCUUUAAACGGAGAGAAUUUAACAGUAAAUUCUCGAUAUUGGAUGCAUGCGAUAGUUAUAUCAGUGAUGUCGCUAAUUUGCUGGGUCCACAAAGCGCCAGUUUUAUAUCGUUAUGUGAAUGAAAUAAUCGCUCGACGUGCGAAAGAGGCUCCACAGCUGAAUCCACCUCUUCUGCAAACAUAUAAUGUCGGAAAUCAUCACGUCACGUGGAACAAACCAAACCUUUUCUUCGAGGACUGGGAGUUGAGAUAUGCUCUGUGGAAACAUUUUCAGAAUGUUCGAGUGCGUAAUUAUUUUUAA